UGAAAGAAAGGGACGAAUAGGACUAUUGCAUUAAUUCAGAAGAAAGAAAAAAAGGUUAAAAAAGGAGCAGCCACGUGGAUACUUCCAGCAGGCUCUGCUCAUAUGCUUCUGUGACCGAAGGAUAAACAAAUGUUCAGCUCUACACUGUCAUCACUGGUUGCUGGGUGGAGUACUGUUAUUAAAUCUCUCGGAGAAGGCACACAAAAAAAAGAAAGUGAAAGAGUUAAGGCACGGCAAGAGCGAGAGAGGGACAAAUAUAACACAGAAACUUCAGAGAGAGAGAGGGAGAGAGGAACAAAAAGAUAUUUAAAGCAGAGGAGAAAGGGACAAAGAGACAGAAUAUAUGCUUGUUUGUCAUGUUAGACGUAACCCGAGAUGAACAAAGCAGAUCUUCUCCCAGUGAUUCAUGCAGGCGACGGGAGGACUCUAUCCAGAGCAGAGUUUCUCUCACUGCUGAACACCUACAACUGCUUUCUCAAGGACCACACUCAGCUCCACCUCAGUUACUCACUGGAUGGUGAUGGAGAGGUGGUGGUGGAAGGCUUCCUGAAUAUCUCCUGGGGGGUACGGAGACCCAUCCGUCUGAAGAUACAGGACGAUAAACAGAUGCUGCCCUUCGCUCCUCUGAUCUCUCCCGGACCCACCAGCCCAGUUAGUCCCAUCGGAGACAAGAGGGGCAUGUCUCGAUGGGGAGAAUAUUCGGACCUUCACCAGAUAGAUGAGAUGUCUGACACACCACUCGACACAGUCGUCACCAAACCUUUGCCAGGCCCUGCUGUGUAUGAGACCACCACGCUGCGUCCCGUGAGGCAGAGGAGCUGCGACCUGGAGGUGGAGUCCAACCUGAUCCGCUGUAUGAGUGACGCCUCAUUGGUGAAGAGGAGGAGGGGGAGGGGGAAGACAGCGGCACAAAGGGAGCAAGAAAGACAACACCGCUUUUCCAUAAAUGGACACUUCUAUAACUAUAAGACUGCCAUCUUUACUCCAUCCUUUGGCACCCCUACUAAAGUUCGUAUCUCAAGCAAGAUGAACACAAACCAGGUUAUUGAACAGCUCCUACACAAGUUCAAGAUAGAGAACGACCCUCAGGAGUUUGCUCUAUACUGUGUUCAUCAGAGUGGAGAAAAGAGGAAGCUCAGUGACGGAGACCAGCCCCUGUGGGAGCGCAUACUGCAGGGACCCUCUGACGACAUUAUGAAGAUCUUCUUGAUCAACAUGGACGAACAGGAAGUCAGCAAUGCCGUAGCACAGUAUCUGAACUUGGAGCUUCCUAUCUUGGAGCAGGUUCUACUGAAACUCAGAGAGGAGGAGAACAGAGAGAUACAGAGAUUAGUAAACAAGUUCCACAAACAGCAUAGACUCCUGUCCCAUAUACUGAACCGUAAGAUGUCACCUCACAUUGAGACAAGCGUGUGACAAUUUCCAACACAAGGCCUUUCACUCAUCACAGCACCACGAAGGAGUAGCUGUGGAGAACUAUAGAAUAACAUGGUUAUUGAAGCAAAAGUAUGAAUGUGAAACAAAAAGGUGAAUAUUCUGUAAAAUACCACGGACAAACUGACAGAAACUGUUUUUUUCACGGUCACUUAUGUCAUUUUUGUAUGUCAGGUGAUCUAUAUUCCUUCAUUUUUUUAAAAUAAUUUCCUGAUGAAAUUGUAAAUGCUGCUGUAAAUAACUGUAAAUCAGUGUUUUGUGUUAAUAAAUAUACUUUGUGGGACCAACAUGA